AGCAUGAUGUGACAGAGAUGACCCCCACCAAGGGAUGUUAAUGCCAUGUAUGGGGCUGCGGCGACCGUUCCCAGGCUUAGAGUUCAAGACCAUUUCCUAGGGUGAUUUGUUAUUCCUGAUCGUGAGAAGAGAGCAGGAAAUAUCUGCAGUGUGUUACAUUCUGGGAAGAGGAUGAGUCUUUCAUAGCAGGGCAGCCCAACGAUGCCGAGCAUAUUCUCCUACCAGAGCGCCGAAGUCGACUGGUGUGAAGGCAACUUUGAGCACUCGACGGUCAUUGCAGAGUACUACAACACUAUCAGCAAUGUAAGCUUCUUUGUCCUUUCGGCUGCCCUGCUCUACCUGAACCGGCAGUACUGUCAGCAGCGAGCUGUGCCCAUGUACUUCGUCUCUGGUCUGCUCCUCUGCGUAGGUGUCUUCUCCAUGUACUUCCACAUGACUCUGAGCUACGUGGGACAGCUCUUGGACGAGCUCUCCAUCCUCUGGACGCUAGCUGUGGCGUAUUCCUUCUGGUACCCAAAGGUUUACUUCCCCAGGUGCAUCAAGAGCAGGAAGCACUUCUUCUGGUUGAGUGGUGUCACUACUGUGAUCAGUACCUUGAUGUCCUUCAUCAAACCGGCCUUCAACGCCUAUGCACUCAACUGCAUCGCCUUCCACCUGCUGUACCUGACAUGGUGUGAGCUGAAAAAGUGCAAUGACAAACGGGUUCACCGGAUGGCUGCAGCCAUGGUCGUGUGGUGGGCAUUGGCCAUCACCAGCUGGUUAAGUGACAGGUGGCUUUGCUGGCUCUGGCAGGCGAUCAGCUUCCCCUACUUCCACAGCUUUUGGCACGUGCUGAUAGCUGUGUCCCUCCUCUACUGCUUCCCGCUGGUCAUCUACUUUGACGUCAACUAUGAGAUGCCAACAUUCAAACCGAAGCUGGGAUAUUGGCCAGGUGACUCCUGGCCUGUCGUGGUGCCUUACGUUGCCCUGGAGGAGCCCCACAAGCAGUGCUAG